GAAUGACUGCACAUUUUUCUUACUCUUUGACAUUCGAACAAGUCGUCUGAUUGGAUAAAAUAAAAAUAGCAAUACUGGAAAUCCAAAAUAUACAGAAGACGAAUGUGAAUGGGUCGUUCUCAGAUCUUCGUUUAGAAGAUCAAGUACUUUAGUCAGAUUGGUUUCUAACGUUAUUUUUGACGAUGUUAGCUGCCCAUAGGAUAGUUUACUCAAGGGAAGUAACUCUAAGAAAUUGGUCAAAAACUGUGACAUUAUUGUACUUAUGAUAUGAUACACAGAAACAUCAUUUUCAAGUGCAGCAAAAUAAAAUAGAUGGGUAGAUUAGCACGUGUCAUUUUGAAAAUUCACACGAGGGUUGGAUAGGUAACGAACAAAGAUUCAAGACACAAAGUGCCGCAGUUUCAGAUCGAAACACUUUUUGAGGAACUCCGUGUUAAGAAAAAACCAAGAGCAGGAUUGAAUAAAGAACUAUGGAAAAUAGAAAAAACGUUAAGGCAUAUCCAGUGCCAAAACCAUCUUAUUGUUUAAGCCCAGAAGAUACAAAUUCAAGCCCAGAGACAGACACUUUUAGACAAACCGCAACUUUUGCCAUGCAUGAGAAGGAUACAGAAGCUGCCAUGCCACAGUACAGCUUAGACCUUCAAACCUUUGUGUUACCGUCGACUCCAGAAGAUUUACUUAGCGUAGGGUCAGGGCAUGGUGGACCAUUCUUGUUUGAAGAUAUUAUUGCAGAAUCAAGUGCACCUAAUAAUAUAUCUACUGGCACGAGCAGCUUGCAUUGUCCAGCAGAUUUUGAUGAGUCUUUUCCUCUUGAUUCUCACCUACAACCACUGUCAUCACACCCUUGUUUGCAGACUAAUCAAGCUGACGAACUAACUGUUAUACAACUUAAAGCAUUUGAUUCCCAGAAUCAGACAUAUCUAUCCGAUGAAACCAUCAAAGCACCAAAGACGGUAAGAUAUUCUGAAACAAGCAUUCAUCAUGAAAGUGAAACAUCUGAUCAAAAUGAAUAUGGAAUCAGUGCAGCAAGAGGUGUUACUCUAGCUUUUGAACAGACAAAUAGUGCGUCAGUUGUAACUAUGUCAGCAGUGUCCUCAGACGUACCAGGGAAUGAUCUAAGCACUAAUUCACAAGUUGAAAGUAAGGCCAGCAAUCCGUUAAAAUUCCCUCCAUGUGUUAUUUGCAAUGGUAAAGCGUCAGGUUCACACUACGGUGCGAUAACAUGUGAAGCUUGUAAAGGGUUCUUCAUGCGUUACCUUCAAAAGAAAAAAGAAUUCAAAUGUACUAAGGGAGGAAAAUGUGAAAUUUCUAGUGGUAAAAAGGGGAACUGUUCAGGAUGUAGGUUAAAGAAAUGCCUUGCUCUUGGAAUGUCAAAGGAGAUGUCGAAGGUAGGAAGAUACACUCUAACGAAAAGGACAGAAGCAAUUAUUAACAUGAAACGACUAGAAGGAAAUGUAGCAUCUGAUUCAGUUUCAGACGAAUGUGAUGUGCUUCCUGUUGAAACUGGGUGCGAUGCAACCAGUUGCAAUCUAGAAACAGAUUUAAUCAUGCGGCAUCUUUUACAGAAUACAAAAACAUCAAACAUGUCUAAUGGCUUCAAUGAUAUGCUCGUUGUAGAACUUAUUCAAGCAAUGGAAGAUUUAGAACCUUACGGCCCAAAUGUAAAGACAAAGGAACAAAUCAGAGAACUGCACAAACAUCAAUCUGAAAGGUAUAAGCUAAAAACUGAACUCUUUGGUAAAAUGAACAGUGUGUCUAAGGAUGAAUAUAAUAAAUUAUAUACAGAAUUUAGCAUUGAUAUAGAUGGUCGGAUGGCUGAUAUGAAAAUAGAAUGUGAAGAUAUGGAAGAUGGUGUAGCGCGUUACUGUAACUUUGCAAAGCACAUUCCAAAAUUCCAAAGUCUCCCCGUGCUUGACCAGUCAAACUUACUAAAAUCUUUGAUGUUUGAUUUUUCUAUCAUAGUCGCGCUCGAUUCCUACAACGAUGAACUUCGGACAUUCAUAACUAAAAAUGGACAAGGCUAUCACUUUGACGAGAUGGCUGAUAGAGAAUUUUCUGCAAAAUUAAUGUCAUUGAUGAAAGAUGUGUUUUGUCGCCUGCAAAAGCUGGAUCUGAGCAAAGCAGAAACUGCAUUGCUAGCUGCUUUAACUUUGGUCUCAACUGAUCGAUGCAAGCUGCAACAUCGGGCUCUUGUAGAAAAGAUACAGUUGGCUAUUACAGAAUUGCUUCAACAGGAGAUAAAGAAAAAGCAAAAACAAGCAGCUCGGAGCAGAUUCACAAAGAUUAUUGACUCUUUAACAUAUAUGCGAGAGAUGUCUGAACUUUAUACAAAAGAACACAAUUUGUUGUGUAAAGAUGAAGUGUUGAUUCAAGAAUUCCCAUUUUUUGAAGACUUUGUUAUUGAAGAAAAAAUUUAAAAUAUCAAUCCACAGAUAAAGUGAAAAGAUUCGUUUAAUUAGAAGUUCAUUUACAUUGACAUAGUUUUAGUGUCUUGCACAGAGAAAUGGCAAUAGAUUUAAUCAAGAAUUAGACAAUGUAAAACUGACCGCUUUAAGACUAUAAAACUAACUUAUAAACCAUAGGAGUUGUGAAUCUGCAAUAUAUUUUUUGCUGUUCAAAGACGUGAUGUGGUUAUAGAAAAGAGAUUUUUUACCAGGGUUUUAAUGUCAGUUUCCUUUGGACAUUAAUGAAAACAAAAUCCUAUUUCACUGCAAAUGUAACUCCGUAGGGAUUGGCCCCAUAAAAAGAGAAGGGAGGGCCCUAGUAAUACGUUUGUGCCUGUGGCAAAUUAUAUGGGAAUACUGUACCUAAACACGUUUUCUGUAUAUACGCUUUAUUAUUGCUUUUUGUUACACUAAAAAUAAAUAAAAACACAAGAAAACGAA